AGUUGGGAUUGGCAGUCUUCUUUCGAACGGUGAUCAGUCAAGAUGCAGAAAUUAAUUACUCGGUUGAUAGUUUGUGCGACUUUUGCAGUCUGUUCCUGUCAGUCUCCUCCAGUUUGGGACGUUGUGACUACCUGUCACAUACCAAACGAGUCCAUCCAAGGACUAUGCCAGGAUCCUGUCGAUUGCACAGCAUUCCGGCAGAUAAACGAUAUCACCAGUAUUGGCAACAUGAGUCGGUUGAGUUUCGUGAAACAGGUUCAGUGUACUGGUGAGGAAGAGGGAAAGGUGUGCUGUCCGCGGGAUGGAGGAUUGUACAGUAAUCCUUGGAUCGAUGUGACGAACGUUAUAACGAGAGUAAAAGAAAAUCCUUUGAGUAUUAAGAGCAGAGUUGGAAGCCAAGAGAUGGAGUGUGGACAACAGGACUUUGGCAUGCUGGUCAACCAUGGGCAAAUAACUGAUAUUGACGAAUUCCCGUGGAUGGCACUUUUGAUCUACGAGAAGGCAAUGAAUCCGGUUGUACCCGGAUGCGGAGGGGCGUUGAUCAGUCAGUCGUUUGUCGUCACUGCAGCGCACUGUUUAGUGGGACCGAUUAUUCAAAAGAAGGGAAACUUAAAAUUUGUUCGUGUAGGUGAAUAUGAUCUAAAAAAUGAUCCCGACUGUACAGUUGAAGGGAUGUAUGCCGAUUGUACAGAUGGAAUAACUGAUGUAAAACCCAGACGUACGAUCGUUCAUCCAGACUUCGUAUCGACCGCCGUUAGUCAACAUCACGACAUCGGACUGGUGCAGUUGGAGCGCCCUCUCGAGUUUAGUGCCUUCAUUCGUCACAUAUGCUUGCCAAAACCGGGAAGCAGCGUCUUGGGUAAGAAGUUCAGUGUUUGUGGCUGGGGUCGAACGAAUUUCUUCACCGAUGGACUUGGAGACAAUGUUCCUAGUCCGAUUAAGCUGAAGACAUUCCUUCCAUUUUUCGACCACGGAAAAUGUUCCGAAAUCUACCAACCACAGAACCUACAACUUAUCAACGGACAGAUCUGUGCCGGUGGACGCAGUGAGCGGGAUACUUGUUCAGGAGACAGUGGAUCUCCGUUGAUGUUCUUGGAUGACAUAAAGCAUCGUUGGGUGCUGAGUGGACUGGUGAGUAUGGGACCUCAAAAUUGUGGAACUGCUGGCAAACCUGGAAUAUACACCAAUGUUGCGGAAUACGUAAAGUGGAUUAAAACAAAUGCUGACCUGUAGAUGCAAUAUGUAUUUAAUUUCAAUUUACAAUCAAGAAAAUAUGCAAUUGAUUACAACUGUUAAUCGUAUCCGAAAACAAUUCCUUUGGCUGAAUCCUAGGAAGAUACAUAGUUACUAAAGUAACCACCAAGCCCGCUAACUACCCGUUAAUGGCCCUUUUUGCAAUAUAAGGUAAAUAUAGGGUUUCCCAACUUUAUAUCAGUCGUAUAUCAGCCUUGUUUUGCAAAAAGGGCGAUUAGCUGGCUUGUUGGUUACUUGUGUAACAUAUUCGAGUAGAUGCCAGGCUUAUUAAAUGUCCCACAGGAAGUGGGCCUCUUACUCACGAUUCCACUGAGAACCCAUUUUGUCUGACUGUACUUCCAUCUAUUAAAGUCCUUUUAAACAAACCACCUUGAUGAGGUGGAUAUAGUUCAUUCAGGACGGUCAAAUCGUAACCAGCACCAAGCCGAUUAUAUAUGGAUUGCUGUGAUUGCUGUCUUAUAUCGUUUUUGACAUUUGCCGGUAUAGCUGCAGCGGCACCAAAUACCUCACCGUAUCAGCUUUACGUUUGUUUACAAACCAUUUAUGUUGAGUUGACAAUGGAAUGCAUUUGUUGGCACCGUUUCACCGGUACGGAACCGUUUUAAAAUCGAAAACGAGAUAGAGAUUGCUGACGUUUAUCGUACGCACACUACGUCAGGUAUUCGUAUUCGUAAAUGUUUUAGUUGAGAUAUUUUUUCCGUUGCAGAAAAUUUUCCCGAUGAAAACAAAUCACUAAUGUCGUUUUCGUUUUUGCGGUAUAGC